AACACAAACUCAAAACUAUUUGUUAUUAGUAUUUUUCUUUUUUUAUCUUUGAUUGAUUCUCCUUUUUAUAUUUCAUUAUUCCUUCUUUACUUAAUUGAAUUUUCCUUAAUCAAUUUCCAUGUACUAAUCUGAAGAUUAUGAGAUACUUAAUUCACUAAGCUACUGCCAGGUGCCACCAAUCUCUUUAGCUUGCUUCUUCAUUCACUCCACCGAACCACUCCACACAACAAUAAUUAAUCACCUGUUAUAGUCUCUGUUUUCAAAUAUAUAUGUGUUGUGAUUUGUAAAAGAGGAGAGAAAAACAAGUAUAGUAGUAGAAUGGCGGAUUGGGGUCCAGUGGUGAUAGCAGUGGUGCUGUUUGUGUUGCUAAGUCCAGGCUUGUUGUUUCAACUUCCAGGAAGGAACAGAUUGGUGGAGUUUGGGAACAUGCAUACUAGUGGUGUGUCAAUUUUGGUUCAUACCAUCAUCUUUUUUGGACUCAUUACUAUCUUUCUUAUUGCCAUUGGUGUUCAUAUCAACACUGGUUAAUUCAUUUUGACCAAAUUAUAGCCUUCCUUCUAUUUUAUUUUGGUGUGGGGUUUGAAAUAAUUAUGUUGGUUUUUAUCUAUUGGAAUAUUUGAUGUAUUUGUCUUUACAAUGAUUAGUUUGGUAUUUGAAAUUUUUGAGCAGGAUAUAGUUUUGAAAA